UGGAACAUUUUCUAACAUUUUCUGGUUGAUUUUCAACAGUAAAAAUGGCAAGAAUUAUCCUUAAACACCUUUUUUUUAAUGUCACCUGAUUGGGACCACUUCAGACUAAGCAGAAAUGUGAUUUUUCAGAAAUCACUGUCAUUCAGGGAUGUGACUGUGGGCUUUACCCAGGAGGAAUGGAAGCAUCUGGACCCUGUUCAGAGGAAGCUGUACAGGGAUGUGAUGCUGGAGAACUACAGCCACCUCGUCUCAGUGGGGUAUUGGAUCCCUAAACCAGAAGUGAUCCUCAAGUUGGAGAAAGGAGAGGAGCCAUGGAUAUUAGAGGAAGAAUUCCCAAGCCAGAGCCACCCAGGUGAGUUAAUGAGGUGUACCAGAUGGAAUUUAGAGGAAAAUAAAUCACAAAGGGUUAGUUCAGAGAUUAAGACCGUUAAAGUGUUCUUCAAGAAUCAUGUUUUAGAGGCUCCAGACCUUUGGAAGUAG